CUUCUCAACCUCUAUUCUUUCACGGACCUCGAAGGACCAGAUUCGCCAUUCUUUUUUCUUGUACUUUUUUGUACUUCACUUUCAUUCCAACAUUCACUUUCGUUCAGAGCCUUGACGGCCGUUCAAUUCAAACAAUCACUCUUUACAACUUUACAUCUGGUCCUAGAGACUCUCACGAAGCAACUUCUUCAAAUUCUACCCAAAUUUAAGACUUAUCUACCGCAAAAAUGAAGAACGCCGCCGCUAUUCUUACUCUUCUUCCCCUCGUCGCCGCCCACGGCUUCGUCAAGUCUCCUCCUCCCCGCAAGCCCGGCAACGCCUUCAAGGCUGCUUGCGGCGAGCAGCCCUUCUACCAGCAGAGCGCCGACAUCAACGGCAACGUCCAGGGCAUCAAGCAGGUCGUCGGAUCCAACUUUGACGCCAAGGAUUGCAACCUCUGGCUGUGCAAGGGCUUCCAGUUCGACGACAACAAGGACAAUGUCCAGAGCUAUAAGCUCGGUGAGAAGAUUGACUUUGACGUCAACAUUGCUGCUCCUCACACCGGUUACGCCAACGUCUCCGUUGUCAAGACCUCCACUGAUAAGAUGAUCGGAGAGCCUCUUAUCGAGUUUGAGAACUAUGCUGCCAACGCUGGUCUCAACCUCAACAACACUGCCUUCAGCGUCACUCUUCCUGAGAGCCUGGGUGGUGAGUGCACCAAGGCUGGAGACUGUGUUCUCCAGUGGUUCUGGGAUGCUCCUGAUAUCGACCAGACCUACGAGUCCUGCGUUGACUUUGUCGUCGGCGCUGGCUCCGGCUCCGGAUCUGGUUCCACCAAGCCUUCUUCCGCUGCCUCUGCUGCCCCCGUCGCUACCUCCGCCCCUGCCGCUGAGAAGCCCGCCACCACCCUCGAGGCCGUCGCUGUUACUUCUUCCGUCCUCGGCCCCGUCUUCGAGAGCGUGACCACCGCCGUUCCCGAGCCCACCGCCGCUGCCCCCGACGCCGGCGACGACGAGGACUGCGAUGACGAGGAGCCCGUUGAUGAGGGUGACGAUGAGGACUGUGAUGACGAGGACGAGCCCACCCCCUCUGCUGCCGCUGAGACUGGUGAUGACGAGGACUGUGACGAGGAUGAGGAGCCCGAGACCGGUGAUGAUGAGGAGUGCCCUGCCGACGAUGGUGAUGAGUACGACACCCAACCCGCGACACCCAGCAACACGGCCCAAGGAAUCUCCGCAGCCGCUAACACCGCCGCAGUUACUAAGACCCAGAACAACGCUUACCCCGUGCCUAAGCCCACUGGAAAGAGCUCAUCUGACAAGACUGGAUCCGGCUCCAAGGGCUCCAACAACGACGCUGGUAGCAACAACAACUAUGGCAAUGCCGGCAGCAACACUGUCGUGACUUCAUAUGUUACUGUUGCUGCUGAGACCCACUACGUCACCGUCACUGCUGACGCUCCUGCUUGCACUGCUUGAGUGUAAGUGAUGUGUGUGUACAGCUUCUUGGGGAUGUUGUUUGUUUUCUUGGAAGGGGUA